AUGAGGAUUUCAGAAGCUACUGCCCACGAAGCAUUCACCGAAAGGAAGAUGUAUGUAACAGGUGAUUACCCUAUCAUCGCCCAGUCACCUAAUGGUGAAUCUGUCAUUACCGGAAAUGCCGAUCUGGUGGUAUGCUACAAGAGUGGCAUUUGGCCUUUGACAUCAAUGUCCGAGAGGACCACUGAUACAUACCAGGGUCCAGCUCAGGCCGUUACCUACAUGGUAGGCGCGCAUCAAAAAAGCGUGUCACUUGGUCCAAGCGAUGCAACAGAGACUACAGCCUACGGCAUUGUCUCUGGAAUUGAACUGCAAUUCAUGAAGCUCAAUGAGAAUGUGGGAUGA